CCUUUCGAUAGACCUCUCUGAAGCAUCGUUGACUCUUUCUAUCUCCGUGGCAACAUAAGGCUGUAUUCCUGCUUAGCUUGUUGCAUUCUAGACUUUCAAAAUGACUGCUGAAGUCGCUCCUCGGAAAUGUACCGGCGUGGAUUGUGAUAAGAACGCCGGAACGCUACAAUGUCCGACUUGCCUCAAACAAGGAACGGAUAGCUUCUUCUGUUCGCAGGACUGUUUCAAGAAGAGCUGGGGAGAACACAAGACGAUUCACAAGAAGACCACGGGGCUCUACAACCCCUUUCCCUCCUACCCUUUCGCCGGCGACUUGCGACCUGUAUAUCCGCUGUCCCCUCGGAGAACCGUUCCCAAGGCCAUCCCCCACCCCGACUACGCCAAGGAUGGCAUUCCCCGGUCCGAGCAGAAGUUCGUCGGUCGGCACAACAUUACGAUCUUGAACAAGGAGGAGCAAGAGGGCAUGCGCAAAGUGUGUCGCUUGGCCCGCGAGGUUUUGGAUAUCGCUGCGCGGGAAAUCAAGCCCGGUGUUACGACCGACUACAUCGAUGAGGUGGUUCACAAGGCUUGCAUUGAGCGUGAUUCCUACCCGUCUCCGCUCAACUACGUCAACUUCCCCAAGUCGGUCUGUACCUCGAUCAACGAGAUUAUUUGCCACGGUAUCCCCGAUCAGCGCCCCCUGGAGGACGGCGACAUCGUCAACAUCGACGUUACUCUGUAUCACAAGGGCUUCCACGGCGACAUUAACGAAACCUACUACGUUGGCGAUAAGGCCAAGGCCAACCCGGAUGCUGUGCGUGUCGUGGAAACCGCGCGAGAGUGCUUGGAAAAGUCCAUUGAACUGGUCAAGCCCGGCAUGUUGUUCCGAGACCCCGGUAAUGUGAUCGAGAAGCACGCCAAGUCCCGUGACUGCAGUGUGGUCAAGAGUUACUGUGGCCAUGGUAUCAACCAACUCUUCCACUGCGCUCCCAACGUUCCCCACUACGCAAAGAACAAGGCGGUCGGUACCGCCAAACCCGGCAUGUGCUUUACCAUUGAGCCUAUGAUCAACUUGGGUACUCACCGCGAUCGUACGUGGCCCGAUGACUGGACCAGCUCCACAGCCGAUGGCAAGUUGUCGGCUCAAUUUGAGCACACUAUGCUGGUGACGGAGGAUGGUGUGGAGGUUCUGACCGCUCGCUUGCCGGACUCGCCCGGUGGUCCCAUUCCCAUUCCUGUGGCCGAGGAGCCCAAGACGGAGGCGUGAAUACGGGAUCCAGUUGCAUUGCUAUUAGAGACAUGAAAUAGAACAUUCACGAUGAGACAUUGUUACGUCUAUAUAAAUGAUGCGGUGUGUUUUCAGUUCGGCGUCACCCCUUUGGAUUCGUGACACUUGGGGGACAUGCAUAGCCAUAACAAUCAUGAUAGUAUUCUUUCUUUGUUAUACCGAGAGCCUGAUAGUUAGUCAAAAGCAUUGUUCCAGGA